GAUCUCUCUCUAUCUAUCUCUCUCUCUACCAUCAUUCUAGAGAGAGAAACAGAGUCACUGUGUUUUCUUCUUCUUCUUCUUCUUCAGCAUUGGCCAUGGUGGAGGCGCAGACAUGGACUACCCGCCGAAUGAGCAACCCAAGGUUAACCGCCGACGAAGUCGCGCUCGAGAUUCCGGCCACCCCACCCGGUGACGUCCGCCACUGGCAACCCUUCACCUCCCAUUUCUCUCCCGCCAUGGUAACCGCCGCGAUCAUCGCCUCAUGGUACCUCUCCAACAUCGGCGUCCUCCUCCUCAACAAGUACCUCCUCAGCUUCUACGGUUACCGCUACCCUAUCUUCCUCACCAUGCUCCACAUGAUUUCCUGCUCCGCCUACAGCUACGGCGCAAUCAACUUCCUCGACCUCGUUCCCUUACAGCACAUUCACUCCAAGAAACAGUUCCUCAAGAUCUUCGCUCUCAGCAUCAUCUUCUGCUUCUCCGUCGUCUGCGGCAACACCUCCUUACGCUACCUCCCUGUUUCCUUCAACCAAGCAAUCGGCGCCACCACCCCCUUCUUCACCGCCGUCUUCGCCUUCAUCAUCACCUGCAAGAAAGAAUCCGCCGAGGUUUACCUCGCUCUGUUGCCGGUAGUCUUCGGGAUUGUUCUUUCCAGCAACAGUGAGCCUCUGUUCCAUCUCUUCGGAUUCUUGGUCUGCGUCGGUUCCACGGCGGGGCGUGCUCUGAAAUCGGUGGUUCAGGGGAUUAUCUUGACCUCUGAAUCGGAGAAGCUGAACUCCAUGAACUUGCUUCUCUACAUGGCUCCCAUGGCGGCGAUGAUUUUGCUUCCUUUCACUCUCUACAUCGAAGGGAAUGUGGCGGCGGUUACGCUUGAGAAAGCUAAAGGGGAUCGGUUUAUCGUUUUCUUGUUGGUUGGGAACGCGACGGUGGCGUAUUUGGUGAACCUCACGAAUUUCUUGGUUACCAAACAUACCAGUGCGUUGACAUUGCAAGUGUUGGGGAAUGCUAAAGCGGCGGUGGCGGCGGUGGUUUCUGUUCUGAUUUUCAGGAACCCGGUGACGGUGAUGGGUAUCACUGGAUUCGCUGUGACAAUCAUGGGUGUGCUUCUCUACAGUGAGGCAAAGAAGAGAUCAAAAGUUACAUCUCAUUGACAGAUAAUUCUCAACAUUCUUUUUUCUUAAUAAGAAAAGUAAUUCCACAAACACCUUGCUUUAUUUUUUUAUAUUGCUAAAUUUACAUUUACAUUUGAUUUGAUUAGAUUAAAUUUCUGGAUCAAAUCAUAGUAAUUGGAUUGUAUAGGAAGAAGGAGGGGGUUAGGGAAAGGGUUAUGUUCUUUUUUCAUUUUUUUGCUGCUCUUUAAUAUCCUUGCCUUGUAAUCUUAUAAGGUGGUUGAAAACAUGAUUCAAAGAUGAUAAACUUUUAUGUAAUUGUUGAGGGAGGAAAAUUCUCCUUCAAUUAUUUUUUGACAAUUAUAUCAUGUAUUGUUGCUGUUCUGUUCUGUUCUGUA